AUGGCUGAAAGUGGCAACUUCAACCGGAGACGGAAGGAAGUGUUAACGGCGUUAUACCGGCAGGAUGGUGAUGACCUUCUGGGGAGGGACAAAUACAAGGCGGCCCUGCAACUGUAUAACAUGGCGUUACGCUGUGACCCAGCUGACGUGAAAUCACUCAUCAACAGAUCAAAGUGUCACUUGAAGCUGAACCAGAUCAGAAAGGCGACAGACGAUAUUGAUACGGCCCUUCACCUCGACAACUUGGACAAAGAGGCACUGCUACAGAAAGCGGAAGUGUUAUUUAAGACACAGAAUUACGAGAUGGCACUCGUGUACUAUAACAGGGGACUCAAACAUUACCCAAAAAGUGCGGCAUUCCAGGAGGGCGCAAAGAAGGCUGAUCACUUCAUUACAAAGGGCAAUCGCAAAAAAUCUAAAAGAAUGAAGCUUACCCAGGCUGGAGAUUUGACAUACCUUGUCCACAAAGCGCCGACAAGCAAACCGUUUGUAUUUGACAACAAAACAAAAAGUCAAACAAGACAUUUGCCAAAGCCAAGCGCAUCCUUUCGUGAUCGUCCACUCUGCCAGCUAAUUAGGAUCCAUAAAACACCAACGGUCGUCCUUCCACGUGUGACGUCACUUCCAAACCUUUCCCAAACGCCAUCUACUUCGGUUGCCACCCUUAAUGAAGAAGAAAAGCGACCCGAGAGCAAGAUGGUGAAAACGACACUGAAAGAGCUGUAUAAGGAUAAGAAAUAUUUGGAAAAACUUUCUAAUAAUACAGUGUUUCCAGCCGUAGGAGGUAUGGGAAGUCCGAUACAGGACAAAGCUGAAGAUGCUGUCAACUUCCUGUACGAUCGCUACCACUACUGGAAUCGACUUGGACCACUUCCGCCUCCCCCUCCUCUUCAGAAAUCACGGGCGAGUAGAUUUAGUGGCAGUUCAUUGUCGGUAGAUACACUCGGAACAGCUCGGACAGCUGAGUCGAAAACAACAUGGAAAUCCGGGGAUUCCGGAAUGAGCUGGAAAACUAAGACAAUUAAGUCCAGAUUAGGAAUCACAAAGCCCGAUAAGGGAACGAAACUUAAGCCAGAUCCGACAACACUGGAGUUCAAGUUUGAAACACAUAACCCUAGUUUGGAUCUAGGUACAAGAAGAAUGACGGAAAUUGCCGAAGAGAAUGAAGAUUCGACCGAUUCAAAGGAAACUGAGGAGGAGACGAAAUCUAAAGGUCAAGCUGUGACGGAUUAUUUAAAAAGAGAACUGGAUAUUAUUUAUACAAUGUUUGCACAAAGAAAAUUUGCGGAGACCGUCAAAAAGUGUGAGGCCGGGCUUGAACUAUUGGCAAAAUACUCUGACGCUAAUGUUCCAGAAAAGUUUGAAAUGACUGGUUUGCUCAACAGUUUCCUUGGUAACGUUGCUGUAAAUGCAGCCGAUUUCACACGAGCGCUAAAACACCACACUGUUGAUCUAAAAAUUGGCGAGAAAUGUGACCUUAAGGUAGCCCGUUAUAGGGCGUUGGGAAACCUUGGCCGAACCUAUACAUUACAGGGGAAAUACAACAGGGCGCUAGAGAUGUAUACUAUGAAGGCACCACUAUGCAAGACGUCUGCGGAAUCGUCCGCUUUAUUCCAUGACAUAGGAAACUGCUUCCUCAUGCUAAACAACUUCUCCUAUGCACGGGACGCUGGCCGGAAGUCACUGGAGACUGGACAGGAAGCAGAUGACAAGCGUCUCCAGCUUCAGGCAUGCGUGUUGAUCGGCCUCUCUGAAGUAAACAUGAAAAAAUUCCAAGAUGCCUACAACUCCUUUGAAGCCGGACUGACACAUGCGCAGUCACUGGGUGACAAGCAGGCUGAAGAAGCGAUGAACCGUGCUCUCAUUGACGUAAACAAGAAACUGGCAAACAAGUCGAGAAAAGGUCAGGCCGAGUCACGUGACAUAUAUCCACCGUCCUCACACGCGUCCGACUCCGCACGAUCAGUUAUGGUGGAAAGUUGA